AUGAAGCGUCCUUACAUGGGGAUGUAUGCGGACAGCAUACAGGACCUGGCGUCGAGGGAACAAUUCAUCACAAGUAACAAGGUGGUGGUGACGAGUAUUUUAUCUUAUUUCCAAAAGAAAUUAUUUGAGCGUGAAAUACAAAUUGUUUUAAAUGACAACUACUUACAGUUUGAGAAAGAGGAGGUUCUGUUUUCGAAGAUUGAGCGGUUUGUUGUUGAGGAAUUCCAUGUAUCUCGAGAGCUUGUAAAGGUCUUUCAAUUUCACUUUUUCUCUUCGGAAGACAUCUGCUUUUUCACUUUCGACAAAUGCGCCAGCGAACAGCUCGUCAACUUUUUCAGAGAACACAGAGUCAAGAAGACGAUGCGGCAGAAAACUGAUGUUAUACCAGAAGAAUUGCAAAGUGCUUUGAUCACGAUGAAUUCGAAGAUCAAAGACAAAACCAAGAGUGGGACGUUUGUCUCCCUGUUUUCCCAGGCUUCAUCAAUGCAAACCGUUCCGCGUUGUGAUGAAAUGAAAGGAAAUCAACAACGUGAGAUUGAAAAUGAUGGAACGAAAAGUGUGUUAGGAACAACACCGCAACUCAACGCCUUAUUGGAGAUUGAAAGUGGCAAAACGACGCAACAAAUAAAGCCGCAAAAUUUAGAAAAUAUCGAGAAGAAAAACUCUCUUACGAACAAAGCGUUGGAGGUUAGAGUUCCAGAACCGGUACUCACUCUUGUGCAGGAUAGAAAUUCAAACACCACAAUCAAUAUUUCGACACCAAAAAGAAGCGAUGUUAUCGACGUCGAUGACACACAACACAUUGUUACCAAAAAGAGACCAGCCCAUAACACGCGCUUGCAGACCAAAAUUGCAAAGAUGGAAGAAGAGCUGAGUGUUGAGAUGUUCUGUUACAAAGGGGUGCCUAUCACUGUCAACGAUUUUCAACGAGUUAAAGACGAAAUGUUGAACGAUGCUGUUGUCAAUUUUUAUAUUGAGUUUCUGAAGGACCAAAUCAGAGAUGAUUCAAUCGAGAUAUGGAACACGUAUUUCUUUGAAAAAUUAGAACAAGAGCAAAACCAGGCCGGGCUUGACAAAUGGGUGAAGACGGACUGGAAAACAAAAAGGUUUGUGAUUCUACCAAAACAUAUUAAUAAUGGGCAAGAAAGUGGGCACUGGAACUUGUAUGUUGUGUGUUGCUCGGGUCUUGUCGAAGGCGGAAGCGACGAGUUUCAGGAGUCGCCAUGCAUCUUGACGUUGGAUAGUAUCAGCAAUGUUUUGUGUGGUGAUUCCACACAACUGUUACGGAAAUUUGUCAAACGUAGGUUUGCUGUCGACCAACCUAAAGUGAGUAUCAAAACACGUAAAGUCAAAGUGCCUCAACAAAAAAACGGUAUUGACUGUGGUGUAUUUAUGUUGUACUUUUUGGACACGAUUGCGCGAAAGAAACCAUCAUCGAUAAAACAAUGCGAUGCUCUCUUCUCUUUCGAAAAAGCAAUUGGGUUCAGAAAGGUUAUCGAAGACGCAAUGAUUACUGUGCAGUCUCUUUUACUCGACUAG